UAAUAUAUCCAGAAACAAAAAAAUAAAAAUAAAAAAAUAAAGUCGGUUCCCAAUCUAAAAUUCAGUGCUAUUCUUCGUCUUCCUCUUCUCAUCUCACUUUCUUCAUUUCUCUCUCGAUCGAAAUCGCUUCCCAAUUCUCCAUCUUCUACUUUCACAGAAGGUUUUGAUAGUAAAGGAUUUGACUCAUUGGAGGCUUAAGUCAUGGCUAAUAACGCAGCUUCGUGUGCUGAGAGAGCUACCAGUGACUUGCUCAUUGGUCCAGAUUGGGCUAUCAACAUAGAAUUGUGUGAUAUCAUUAAUAUGGAUCCUAGGCAAGCAAAGGAUGCAUUGAAGAUACUUAAGAAGCGCUUGGGCAGUAAAAAUCCCAAAACACAGCUGCUGGCUCUUUUUGUACUGGAGACCCUUACUAAAAAUUGUGGUGAAAGUGUAUUUCAGCAGAUCAUUGAGCGUGAUAUAUUGCACGAAAUGGUUAAGAUAGUGAAGAAAAAGCCGGAUUUAAGUGUGAGAGAAAAGAUACUGAUUUUAAUUGAUGCAUGGCAAGAAGCUUUUGGAGGCCCAAGUGGAGUUUUCCCCCAAUACUAUGCAGCAUAUAACGAACUAAAGGCUGCUGGAGUUGAAUUUCCACCAAGAGAAGAAAAUAGUGUGCCAUUCUUCACACCUCCUCAAACUCAGCCAAUUAUUCAUUCUGCUGCAGAAUUUGAUGAUGCUGCUAUUCAGGCUUCUCUUCAAUCAGAUGCAUCUGACCUUAGUGUACUAGAGAUUAAAAAUGCUCAAGGGCUGGCUGAUGUUUUGACGGAAAUGCUCAGUGCCUUGAAUCCGAAAGACCCCGAGGGCCUGAAGGAUGAAGUGAUUGUUGAUCUUGUUGACCAGUGUCGUUCUUACCAGAAACGGGUCAUGCUUCUUGUGAGCAAUACACUGGAUGAGGAGCUUUUAGGUCUGGGAUUAGCACUGAAUGACAGCCUUCAGCGAGUACUCAGUCAACAUGACAAUAUUGCAAAAGGAACUGCUAAUUCAGGUGCAAGAGAAGUUGAAACUCCAGUUCUGCCGCUUGUAAAUGUAAACCAUGAAGAUGAUGACUCAGAAGAUGAUUUUGGUCAAUUAGCCCAUAGGUCUUCACGAGAUACUCAUGCAAAGAAUAGGAAACCAGAGUCAGUGAGGACGACCUCACUUAUUCCCCCACCACCAGCAUCAAAGAGGCCAGUCUAUUCUGGUACUGGCAUGGUUGACUAUCUUAGUGGUGAUACGUACAAGGCAGAAGGAUCCCUUGAAAACUCAGAACCAACUUCAUAUGCAGCUCCUCAUCAUUCUAGCCCUAAUCCUACCUCAUCAACUAUUCCAACAGAGUCUUCACCCCAUCCUCAUUCGACUACUACCUCAUCACCAAUUUUUAGCCAACAGCCUAUAUACGACGAGCCAUCUCCCAUGAAGUCUUCAGAACAGCUGCCUCCAGCUCCCUGGGAUACACAAGCUCCUGUUGUCAUUCCGCCCCCACCUUCAAAGUAUAAUCAGAGACAACAGUUUUUUGAGCAAAAAGGUUCAUCUCAUUCGAGCAAUGGAUCAAGUUCGUCUACUGACAGCUUGGUGGGACAAACACAAAAUCUCUCUCUGAAUCCAUCCACCCCAACCAAAGAACAGAAGCCAGAAGAUGCACUUUUCAAAGAUCUUGUUGAUUUUGCAAAAUCAAAAACCUCUUCAUCUUCUAAACCCAAUAGGUUAUAUUGAUUGAGAUAUAAAUAUUUUUAUUGUUCAUAUUGCUUGUGUUGGAGUUUAUGAAUUAUGAAUGUUCAUCUGGCUUUAGCUUGAGGGGUCCAUUUUGUGGGUGUGCUUAGAAACAUUCAGACAUGUGUGUACUUUCUCAAUUAAAACACUGUUAGAUAUACUGCAUAUACCCAUAUGUAUAUGGUUCAUAUUUAUUUUAUUGACUCGUGUUUUCAAUAAUAUCAGAUCUCUUUUUAGUGUCACA